CUGAUGCUGAAGCUGGUUGGGCUGCACAAACUGCACUUGGAAUUGGAAAGGUCUUUAAGUUUAAUUCCUGAGAAUAAUUAAUCUCGUCACUAAAAAUGCUUAAACCCAAGGCUCUCACACAAGUCCUAAGCCAGGCAAAUACUGGAGGAGUUCAGAGUUCGCUAUUGCUCAACAAUGAGGGCUCCCUUCUAGCCUAUUCUGGUUACGGAGACAAAGAUGCUCGGGUGACAGCAGCCAUUGCUAGCAAUAUUUGGGCAGCGUAUGAGAAGAAUGGCAAGGUGGCUUUUACAGAGGAUGACCUCAAACUAGUGCUCAUGGACUGUGAGAAUGGACGAGUUGCCAUCGCUAAGGUUGCCAAUUUGCUCCUAUGCAUCCAUGCAGAAUCAUCGGUAGGCUUUGGAAUGUUAAAGAAAAAGAUCACAUCGUUAGCAGAAUAUCUUCAGGAACCGUUACAGACUGUAGCAUCUUCAUAGCCAAGGGCUGAAAUAGUGUGUGUUUGUAGUAUGUAUAAUAAUUGUAAUAUUAUACUUAGAUAAAGCUAUUUUUUAGUGACAGUGAUAAAAUUUAUCUCAUAUAAUCUCAAUAUUGUCAUCUUUUGUCAGGAUUGCAGCCAUACAUGUUUUUUAUGGCUGCUAUCUUGUUUGCUAUAUAUAUAUAUGGAAGAAACUUCCAAUAUGUGGCGACACCCAUGUCUUACUAAAGUGAACAUUGCAAGUCACUCAGUUGCAAGGGUUUAUUUCAAAUCCGUCUAAUGCCAAUUCAUCCAAUUGCCAACUCGUCUAAUAUCAUUUGGUCUAUCAGUUCGUCCACUAUCCACAUGGU